CUAGAAGCUUCAAAAUCUGAGAUGCUUGUUAAAAUUAAGAUUUGAUUUGUGUAAACACACUACCCUCAUACACACUUACGUGUUCUUCUUACCACCGGCAUUAACCAUUCCGGUUCAAUAUAACGCUAUUUUGACAUAUACAUAUAUAUAUAUAUAUAUAUAUAUGUAUCUAGAUAAUACAUUUUGUACGACAAGGUUUAUUUAUAACAAUGCAAAUUUUCAUUCGUGACAAUCUCGCAGCCACACUACCUGUAUUUUUCCCCUCUUCGCGAAAAGAGCCAAGAUUAAUUGCUAACACGAUAUAGUACUCUUAGACAGAAUCUAAUUGCUUCUUCAACGUUAACGUGUAUCGCGCGCAAUUAAUUAUCCAUAAUUAAUUGCGGUUUCCUAUAUACGCCCUCGCUGCCUGUUAACGCACUGCGGCGUGCAACGAGAGCUUGGCGGUGUUGCGGGGUGAGUUUUACGAGGUGCGCAGUUCGAACUUGCGCCAACGAUUUUGCGCAUCCGCUGUGUUUCCGUUCCUUCUUCUUUCAGUCGUAGUGUUGAGUUUUUCCGGAUAUCGGCGUACACACUCAUCCCGCACGUUAGCGCGCAACAUGAUCGCUGUGUUGUUCGGCGUACUGUCGAUCUUCUGGAUCCAGAGGAUCGACGCGAGCGUGCUAGUCGCCGACACCACCAUGUCCAGGAUGGUGGAGCUGAACGCCGACGCGCCUUUUUGCGCCCUUUACAACGAUCGCGGAGUUAUCCAGAGAAUGGUUCUCGGCGCCGAUCCCAGAAAGGUUCGACAAAUCUCCAGCAAUCUCGUUGCUGACCUCGAAGAGACCUGCAAGGCUUCACGAAAUAAGGGGAAGAAUCAAGCGCCUGGCAGUGGUCUGAUGUAUCCCGGUACAAAGUGGUGCGGACCGGGCAAUGUGGCCGAUUCCUACGACGAUCUGGGACAACAUUCAGCUGAGGACGCUUGCUGCAGGGAACACGAUCAUUGUCCGUUCACGAUAGCCCCGCAGCAGUGCAUACACGGCAUAUGCAAUAAUUCACCGUUUACUCGCUCGCAUUGCGAUUGCGACGCCAAGUUUCGCAGGUGUUUGCAGAAUCUCAAUACCGAGGUAGCCAACACUCUCGGCGCGCUAUUCUUCAACGUCAUCCAAGUUACCUGCUUCAAAGAAAGACGACCGUGCUCUCAAUGGCAAAGAAACGGCUACGCGGAGGCUGUGUCCGAUCGACUGUGUUCGCAGUACAAAUUCCGACCGAGCGACAAGUACGUGCCCAUGAUGCCUCUGAAUAUGAACAUAUGAAUUCGGAAGCGGCAGAAGGACAACCCAGAAAACAACGACGGAAGGACCUAAACUAUGUGCGGAUCAAAUCCAGCACGUGACCAAUCGAUGUGACGACGUUGUUUAUUGCGUAUCAAAUUGCCGUCCUUACUGUCGCGCAUUUAUAAUAUGCACGUUAAGAAAACAAAAAUACGUACCAUUGUCUCAGAGAAAUUAAGUUAAUUAUAAAUUUUCAUAGCGCGGAGAUGAUUUUACUCCUCUAAAGUAUAUAUUCCACUCUUUGUAUAUAAUAUUGCAAUCUUGAUAAUUAUAUAGUAUAAUUAUAGAUUUAUCUGUAAAAUUUUUGACUAAUUGUGUAGAAAAACAAACUUCGUAGUUUCUUGAAUAUAUUAAUUUUUAUACGUCGCGAAACAAAACUCUUUCGAAGUUUUGAGAGAGAUUUCGUUUCUAUAGUAAAACAGGCUUGACAUAUAGCUCUUCUCUUAACUUAUAGAAAAAGAAGAGAGAAAAAGUGUAGAAUAUCUGUCACAAGAGUGCCAUAAUGUGUUAUAUAUGUAU